GGCUAACUUCAUUUUUUUCUUAGGGGUGGUGGCCAUAGAUAUACGGGUGGUGGCCGCUGUUUUGCUUCAUAGCUUCCAGAUCAGCCCACGAAAGCAUGGGAAUGUCGCGAGGGAAUUUCUGAGUAAACUUGUUAAAGUGCUAGAUAAGUUACUGUAAGUUCCCCACAAGUUGUUGGACACCCCAGGAGCUCCGCUGUUACAUCAAAGAUAGUUGUCGAAACGCUGUUGGGACAUUUCACCACCGAGCAAUUCCGGACAAAGGAAAAGAGACUUGUGAGCUAACGUUAGCUGGCUCCCGGGCUAACUUAGCAUUCCUCUAGCUGCGGCGCAAUGCAGGCCAUAAAGUGUGUCGUUGUCGGAGACGGAGCUGUGGGUAAGACCUGCCUGCUCAUCAGCUACACCACCAAUGCCUUUCCUGGAGAGUACAUCCCCACAGUGUUCGACAACUACUCCGCCAAUGUUAUGGUGGACGGGAAGCCGGUGAACCUGGGGCUUUGGGAUACAGCAGGACAAGAAGAUUACGACAGACUCCGUCCACUCUCCUACCCACAGACGGAUGUGUUUCUAAUCUGCUUUUCGCUUGUGAGUCCUGCCUCAUUUGAAAACGUCCGUGCCAAGUGGUACCCUGAGGUGAGACACCAUUGUCCCAACACUCCCAUCAUUCUGGUGGGUACCAAGCUGGAUCUGAGAGAUGACAAGGACACCAUGGAGAAGCUGAAGGAGAAGAAACUCUCUCCAAUUACAUAUCCCCAAGGACUGGCGAUGGCGAAAGAAAUCGGUUCCGUCAAGUACCUGGAGUGCUCUGCCCUUACUCAACGUGGCCUUAAAACUGUGUUCGACGAGGCCAUCCGGGCCGUCCUCUGCCCUCCACCGGUCAAGAAGAAGGGGAAGAAGUGCUCUCUUCUCUAAGACUUCCUCCACUGGAACAAUUACAGGGGAACAUUGCCGCUAGUGGUGAGGGAGUGGCUAAAGACACAGGAGAAACACACCAGUAUACACACAAAAACAAUGUACUUCAAAUUCUUUCCUUCCAUUAGUGUAGCUAAAGCAGUUCUACCAACUGUUUCAAUGAAAAAUUGGACAUAUGGUCAGAUUUAGAAGGGUUUGUAAGCUCAUAGACCCUAACUCUUUUCAUACAACGUAUACUGUAUAGACAUAAGGAUGAAAUUCUCGAGGCCUUCUAAAGUGGAUUGGAUGUUUUGUAAAAAUGGAGCGUGGAAUGUUUUCAAUUUGUUCUUCCACUGGUUGUCCACCUUAUUUUCUUUACUGUCUUGGUUGUUUGUUUAGAAUGGAAGAAAUAUUGCCAAAUACAUUCUACAGACAUGCUGUAUUUUAACAGAAAAUAAACCCUCUGUUCUGUUGUCUCAGACAUUUUAAACCUUCAAAGUACAUCUGACAGCUUGCUGUCUUGAAUCAAUGUCAUUUUAUUCAUUUUCCCUUUUGUGAGGGCGGUCACGCGUCAAUGCACUGUCGACAAGGAACUUGAAGUAACCUUCAACCAUCAAAUUACUGUUUGUGCAUGAUAAAUCUCUUUACCAGUAUGUUUUCAGUCCUAACAGAUUCAUGUUACUUCAUUUUCAUGGAUUGAAUGACACCUGAGAACAGAUCGUCUGACACCAACUGUGCUAUUAAACCCUAACAAGUCUAAAUGAUCCAGUAUUUUAUGUGUUUGGCUCCAGCUGGACCGGUCAAGUUUAUGGUAUUUUUUUUUAAUUUUUUUCUCUUUGCAAUGUUUCCCCAAAAGUGUAUCUCAACUGUGUAGCUGCCCAGGAGUGCAACGCUGACAACUUAAUUAGAUAUUGGAUUAGAACUGUUUUGGUGGCGGGAUUAAGAGCACCUUCAAUGCUCUGUGGGCAUUUAUCAGAAAUACCUUUGUGCAGCACAUUUGAUUCUUAAUAGCAUCACUACUGGCUAAUCAAUGUCACUACAAAGAGCAUUUAUGCCUGCUAAUAACCGUAACAAAGCUACUGUCGGUUAUGGUGUAGUAUACAGUGUACUCACCUUUUUGUUAUAAUCAUGUGAUUUGAUUGUUUUGUUUUUUUGUAUCUUUCUUCACAGAAGUAACACUUCACUCACUGUAUUGUUAGACUAACACUAUGAAUAUCCUUUUCUUUAUUACCUCUACAGUUAACGCUACCUUAAUCUCCCUACAAGCCUAGCUUUUUGUAAUUAAUGCUGAUAGCAUGUAUGUGCAACAUAUACUGAAAACUAAGAUUAGAAUCGCAACAGUUAUAUUUUUUGCCUACUUACAAAAUGUAUUUGAACUACUAGAUCAUGGGUUUAAGUACAUGUUGCUCAUAUGUAUUGUAUUCAGACAUCAAGCUGUGCUUUAAUUCAAGCCAAUGUUAUGACUCUUUAGUUUUAUGGAUAAAAGCUAUUGUCACUUUUUGAGAAAGCCAAUAAAAUCAAGUAAAACAGA